AGUGCCCUCCUGUUUGGUAAAAAAAAAAAAAAAAAAUUAUAAUAAAUUGAAAAAAGGCUUUCUCUCCUACGUUUGUCUUUUAGCCACAGAGGGGGAGUAUUGCAGGUGUGUAAGCAGAGAAGGGAUGUGAGAGGCGACGGUGUAGCUGCCCGAUUCGUAUUCAGUUAACUGCAGUCAGUGGAAGAACACGGUGGUUUGCUGUCCAUUGUCUGAUCUUUUUCUUAGUGUAUUGCUCCUACUAGCCGAAAUUCGUAUUCGCUGGAUUAUUCUCAGGCGUUCUUCAUUUCGCAAGACUGCGUAUUUAUUGAAUUUAAAAUAGAUUUGACCUUUGCCAUUGGUCUAUUCGGGUUUGACAGUUGAGUAAAAAGCAACAACGGUAAAAACAGAUCAGGUGGUUGCACGUGAUGGGCGAGUGCAGGUCGCCAGUGGAAACUUUUUUGGUUGGCUAGUUCGCGUCUAUACCUCACUGGGCUUUUUUUGUGUGUGUGUUUUUGGCUCUACUUUGAAAGCGGAAACGGUCAGCGCAUCCGUUGCCUUAGGCAUUAGGUGACGAUUGUACUGUUCCAUUGUGUUUGGUGCCCCGAUUGAAAUUUCGAAUAGCUCUGAGACGUUAUGGAUAUCUAUUCGGAUGCCGAUGAUAAUGUCCCUUUAAAGCCGGCCAAGUUGAGAACAAUACGGCUUAAUCGAAGACCAGGUGUUCCAUAUUUUGGAUUCGGGAUACGUGGAGGGCGUGAGUAUGGAUUAGGAUUUUUUGUCACCAAGGUCGUAGCUGGUAGCGAAAGCGAGCUGCAAGGAUUGUCGGUUGGCGAUCAGGUAAUUCGCAUCGAUGGGAUGCGAGUAGAGGAAGCAUUACACAGGGAAAUGCUGAACUUCAUUCGAUCAAAAUCGCACAUCACCUUGUCAGUUAGAAGUGGAGGCCUCGUUCCAUUUUAUGAAUGCACCAAUCACGCCCUAUCAUGGCAACCGGUUAAGACCGAUCGCGUCCAUCAUCCGGCCUUAUCAGCAUCUUCUUCAUGGAGUCCUACCGAAGUAGCGCCCUCAUUCGCCAGUUUGACUCUCCGAUCACACAAUAAAGGAAGAUUUGGAUGCAGUGUCUGCGAAGGCCCACCGCACCGGAGAGGAGUCUACAUUCAAACAACCGAAGAAGGAAGUGUGGCUCGCAUGGCAGGAAUCAAAUCCGGUGAUCGGAUUCUUCAUUGCAAUGGCAUGGAUAUGACCUCUGUGGAUUUCGAUGAGGCGGUGAUGAUGCUGAAAGAAUCGAAUGUUUUGAAUUUGAUAAUAAGCCGAGGGGCUGGUAGCGAUUUCAUUUCACCUGGCGAAUCUUCCGGCUACAACAGCGCCGCUUCUUCCGUCAAUGGUGACCAAAGCCCAUUGCAAAACGGGAAACAGAAACGACUCUCCGUCGUAAGAGAAGAAAUGAUUGAUGUCGUCGAUGAAAGACGAGGCGUAGUGGUCGGUAGCGCGACUGUCGAUUUCUGUCACCGAAAUGGCAUGAAGUGGAAUGUACAUGAAACCUGUGGCAAAGAACCGAUUCAUCAAGCUGUUCAGCAAUGGAACCGCACCUCUGUUGUUUCAGAGGAACAGGAAGAACGAAAGCGGUUGCAAGAAGAACGCCGGCGGAUUGAAGAAGCUCAUAAAUUACUAGCCGAAGAAAAGGAGAAACUUGCCAGAGAUCGCCAACAACUUGAGGAUGCCAGACUUCAGUUACUAAACGGUUCUGCCCCUUCCUUGAAAACUGUGCAACCAACGAAUAAGCCUUACGCGGAACCGGAAACGGUGGUUAAGCCACCCGGUGGAGGAACCGUUCAUGAGCAGCUUAUGGUGGAAUUCAAACAAAAAAUGGUGUCAUUAAAAGCGACAGAUGUCACCUCCGGCAUUGUGACUGGGCAAGAGGCCAGUCAGGUAGGAAAGGUUAAAGAAACUUCGGCAUCAAACACGCACCUACCGUUGAAAGCAAGUCAGUCUGCACCACCAGCACCUCCUUUACCUCCGCCGCUGCCGACAGGUGUGACUGUCGCGGCACGGAAGAAGCCAGCACCUCCUCCACCCGUGCCAGUUCCUGAUUACGAUCUUUCGUCUUUUCCGCGAAAGAUGGAUAACACAGAACAAGAAGUGGAGGAUGGCAUCAGUUUGCGUAGCAGAUUGGACAAGCCAUUAUCAGAUUUUUUGCCCUCCAAGAGACAUAGUACAUCGCCACGCGGAGCAAAGCAACCUGAUGGAGUCAUCAAGAACCAGUUGCAGUCGGAACUGAGUCAAACGCUAUCGCGGGCCCGUCUCAGACAACGCAUUCCUUCCACCGAUCUCGAGCUUAACGAAGAAAACAAACCGAAAUCGCUGGCCGAAGUAAAUCCUCCUAUUGUAUCAAAAGAAGAAAUGGCGAUUGAGAAGAAUAGACCAGCUGCACAGCAACCACCAGUUUUGUCAACAUUCAGACGAGCUCCUUCAUCCGAAAUCCAAGCCAAAAUGGCUUCAUUGGCUGCUGCUUCGACCAAUGGAUCGGGCCGUGAUGCAACCAUUUCUCAGUUGCCGGAUAAUAAAGUCACAAUCAAAGUCCAUCCGUACGUUUCGCGAUCGGACUUUGGUCAAACGUAAGAGACCGUAUUUCGUUUGCUUGUUAUUGCCCGGCUUGUAAUAAGAAUCACGUUGUACCAAGUCACGCCUGCUUUCACUUUUAUUUUAUAGACACUUUCCACGUUAAUGUUGUGUUUCAGAACGAAAGUUUCUGGGGAUCUAUAUAUCUAUUUACAGAUUCGUUGUCCUUCUUUAUUUUGGACAGAACGUACAUCGACAGUGUGCCCGUAACGGAACUCUGAUCUUCUUUUGUGUCGUCAAAAAAAUACAUCCUCUCCAGUUAUUGUACAUUA